AUGCCACCUGCUGCUGGAAAUAGUUCCUCCAGUGGCCAAAAGCCAAUCCCAUUACGAUUCAAAUUCUCUCGUCGCUUUUAUGGGUCUAUUCUCCUGGAAGUAGCUUUGAAGAAGAUUCGACCAACAGCUUUUUCAGCCCCUCAACAUGAACCCAAUACCAUGCAUGAGAAUGUCGGCAGCGCAGAGCAAACUUUCAAGUGCUUCGCUAACAGGCUUGCUCAAGUCUGCGAUAACGAACGCGGUAACGGUGGUGCCACUGUUACUGGGAUCGCGGUGCUAGAAGAGCCCGAAGGCAUGCAUUAUAUCAUUGGGGCGAAUAACCGAAAGAAAGAAGAAUUGAAGAACGUUGAAGACUUCGUAAAGCAGCUGCUGAAGAUCAUUUCAAAGCCUAUGGAGCGGCAUACAGCAACGAUCUCGUCGACACGAAGAGAAGCUUUGUGGCACAUUUUAAGAUUCAACAAACAUCGAAUCAAAAUUUACCUUACAGGUGCUGUGGAUCAUUUAGCAGAGUGCAUCGAAGACUACGAUAGACGGCAUGCCCAGACACCGUUAGCAUCAGGCGCAUUGAGAUUCAAAACACAGAUUUCUGAGUUAAAAGAGUUGCUUGAGUUCCACAGGGACGGUGAGCUAAGCGAGCACCACGAGUCACAAUUCUUUUCCUCAUGCGAGAAGGUAUUUCUAUUCAUCGAUGAUAAUCAGCGCCUGAGUUUAGGAGACUCAAUUUCAGAACAAGCAAGAGAGGGUCAGAUGAACAGCUCCAAGCCGUGGCUCGAACUUCGCCACUUUCUCGGCCGUCUGCAUUCGUAUCAUCUCGCUGUAGAAACGAUGCUUCGCGCCCGUCGUUUUUGGGACCGAUUAUGGGAUGAUAUCAAAGUGACGGUAAUUCCUUCAGCCACGGCGAUUCCUCAUCCUCUAUACCAAAAGGGGCCAAAUGCAGACAACAUACUUGGAAGAUUGACGUCUGACAAGGGAUUAUUGGAAACAUACCGCAGCCGGGCUGCUGUACUACAGGAAUUCGGCCUUGACGAAAGAAUCCUAGCAGAAUGCAAUAGUUCCUCUCAAACGCAUAGAGUACAUGCAGAGGUUCUCGUACUCGACUAUGUGCUAGGCUAUCUGCGGGACACCGAGGACGCCCAAUUCUACAAUGGCUGGCGAUAUAUCGGUAGCAGCAAGCCGACAUGUCGCCUUUGCAACUACUAUUUCAUGACACACUCAAGUGGAAUCCAGGUUCGCGAAUCACAUAACAAUCUUUAUCCUCAUUGGCGUGCCCCAGACGUCUUUGACGACAACGCAAUGAAAAAAACGGAAAGUCAUCUCCAAGCGGUCCUAGAGAAGACUAGGGCAGAUGCGAUACGAUCACUCAUGUCUCAAACAUCGCAAGGUAGGAGAUAUGAUUCGAAUUCAUUUUCGGAUAUGCCGCCUUUAGCGUCUCUCAGAACUGAAACACCGUCAAUUAGCGACCUUACUUCUAGAUUCCCAGCCCUCAGGAUCAUCUCAGAAGAGGACGACAGAAGUGCAGCUGGAGAAAGAGAAGAGGAAGAGGAAGAGGACAUAACGCCUGUUUUCCAGGGUCGUGGGUCUGCGCUCUCUCGCCGUUGA